CGGGACCCAGGAAUAGAGCCAGGAGGAGCCAGACCAGAUAGGAGAGUCUCUGCGGCCGCCAUGUAUGUGGUCAUGGGUAAUCCUGUCUUAAAUAACUCCUGGCAGGAAGAGAGGGAGGGUGCUUGGGGAGCAGCACCAGCGUCUUCUUAUCCCUCGAUCACACAGCACCAGGAGCAGAAGUGGGAUUCAGACGCUCACUGGAUUGAGGACUUCUCUGGACCAUCAUGAACUUUGCUGCCCAGUUUUUCUACUCCCGCUACUUGAGCGAGCGACUUGAGCGUUUGUUUUCGCCAAGGCCUGCAAUUAAAGACAGUGAGGAGCGGGAUCCUUUCUGGGAGAGAGAUGAACUACGCCUGGGUCCCAGUCAGCCCGGAACAUCCCACAAGUGUGGACCUCUCAGUAACGGCGCAGCAGGCCGCCGGUCCACUCUCAUCGAACCAGAGCGUCUCAAAGACUUUGGUGAGGAAGAGCUUCUCAAUGGAGACGUGAGAGUCCAUGAAACCAGAAUGAUGGAGGCUCCGGAGAUCAAGCUCAUGGAUCCUCCAAAAACCAGAAGACUCAGCGAGUUCAGAACGGUUCCCAGACCCCCACUUCAGUACCUGCGCUUUGAGGACAUCAGCGCUGCGGCCUUCAGGAUCCAGUCAGGGAUUCAGAAGACACCCUGCACGUACUCUAGGCUUUCCAAACAAUAUGGGAUGGAGAUUUACCUGAAGAAGGAGCACCUGCACUACACGGGCUCAGUGAAGGAGAGGGGGGUGCUGUACCUGCUCACCUCGCUCACACAGGAGCAGCAGAGGAAAGGGGUGAUUGUGGCCUCUGACUGUAACUUCUCCAUGGCUGUGGCCCACCAUGCGGCGGAGCUGAAGAUACCGGUGUUUGUCAUCAUGCCAUCUUGCUGCUCCUCGCCUCGCCUCAGAAUCUACAGAGACUACGGCGCCAUGGUUAUCUCCUACGGCAGCACCGGCUGUGACUCCCAGAAUCAUGCCCGCCGUCUAGCUAAAGAGAAUGGAUACUUGUACCUGGAAGAAGAUGAGGGUGCAGUGUACCUGGCAGGCCUGGGCACUGUGGGCAUGGAGAUCUAUGAGCAAGUUCCCAAAGUGGAUGCAGUGGUUGUUCCUGCAGCAGGACAGUAUGGCCUGCUUGCUGGAACAGCUGCAGCCAUCAAACACCUCAACCCAGAGAUUCUUGUUAUUGGAACAGAACCGGAGGGUUUCCCUCUGUUGCUGCAGUCUCUGAAAACAGACAGUCCAAUCAAAGACCUGCACAGAAACCCCAACAAGAAACUUUUUGGAGAUCUGCAGGAGCGUUCCCUGGGAACUCAGACCUUCCAGAUAGCAAAGAAACUUGUGGAUAAAGUCAUUCCAGUCAGUGAGGAGAACUCUUUAGUGGCGAUGCUUCGCUUUCAAGAGUUUGAGCGUUCCACGGUGGACACAGAAGGUGCCAUGGGACUGGCCGCCAUCUUAGCCGGCCAUUUACCUGAGCUCAGAGGAAAAAAGGUUGUUGUUGUGGUGAGCAGUGCCAACAUGGAGCCAGAGCUGAUGAGGCAGUGUGUGGACCGGGCCCUGGUGCUGGACGACAGAGUCACAAAGUUCUCGGUGCAGCUGGGAGAGUGGCCGGGCGACAUGGCCAAACUGCUAGAUGUCUUGUCUCGGGAGGACGUCAGACUGCUGGAUGUCUGCCAUCGCAGACAUGGGGACAAAUCCAACCUUUUCCAGGCGAAGGUGGAGUGUGUGGUGGAGACCAGGGAUAAGACUCAAAGUGCCCAGCUGCGGAAGACGCUGAACGAGCGCUACCCUUCCAUAUGCUGGCUGGACCGGUGAACCUGGAACAUCCUGCAGAAUCUCCGUGUAACAAAGAAUGCUGCAGCACGUAAACAGAAAACCAGCAGAUUAGAGGUCAGACUCAUACUCUUAUAGCAAGCUAUUCUUUCCCAGCUGUUGUUCUUCUUCCUGCGACCCUGAUUAGUGGGGGCCCUUGAACCUUAUCCAGAGAUGCAUGCAGCUGGGCUUGUUUACAGGCAUCGUGUUGCAGCAAACUAUGCAGAUCCUUCAAAAGAAAAAUAGGCCCUCCAAUGCAAACCUCUUCUACCGCUCCUUUCUUUUUUGCUUCCAAGGAGCCAGACUCAUUCUUUAGACGUUCUUUGGAGCUUUUAAAGUUUCCCUAGCUCAAACCUGAAUGUUUUCUGAAAGUCCAGGAUUUGUUUGUUGAGUCACACAAACACAGAAGAACACUUAGGACCAGAGAUGAAGCCUUUUCAUGUCUGCAUGCACUUUAUCCCUGCAAAUGCUUCUGUGGAACAACCUUUUGUCAAUCAACAAAACGUGUCCUUAUAGAUUUUAUUUACACCUGCGACUGAACGAACAAACAAACCUCCACGUGUUGACUGACUUCUUCACAGAUGAGAUGUAGUUUAAGAGUUUAGCAGAGUUCUGUCAUCUAUAUUUCUGAAUAAGUUUGUUAUUAAAUUACUGUAUAUAUUGUGUAUAUUUUAUCUUGUGUGGCAGAAAUGUGAUGAGUGAAUAAAGAGAAAUAAAUCCCC